CGAAGCCAGAAAACCUAAUCAAAGAAGAGCGCUCCUUCGAAGGCAGCAACAACGGCAUUGCCGCCAGAGGAGAGCAUCGUGGAUGAGAUCGCAGAUCUCAUGUUGCGGUGGAGUUUCUUCUUGGUUCUCACAUUGUGAUGGAGUGGCAACGUCGGCUAAAGGUUGGCGGGCGACGGUUGAAGUCUGGGUUCGGACUAGAAAGCGGAAAAAUGAAGCGACGGCUGGAUUACUCUACAGACCGGAAUUCGCGAAUGGAAAAGAUACCAGAUUAUCUCCUAACCCCACAGGACAAGGACUAAUCCGUCGCGGUACUGAGCUCCAUUUAAGGGUUUGCUGCUGGCCAAUGGGUUACUACUGCAUGCACAAGAGAAUAAUACAAUGAAUUGAAGCCACAUAAACAUAACUUUAGUUUUUGGACAAGAAGCUAGAUACGGUUUUUGUUAAAACUUAACAGAUCAGUGGUGAUGGAAAGGAAAAUUGUUUGGACGAGUUUGGGCCAAAGUUUGGACUCAAAAUAAAUGAUCUUAACCGGCUCAAUAUAUAAGCAAAAAAAUUCCCCAGGAAACAAAAAAUAUUAUCCACGUAGGAACCAGAAACUCAGUUCCUUUUCUUGAUUUCUUCUUCUUCUUGAGACUUCUUCUACUUCUUCUUCUUCUUCUUCUUCCCCUUCCACCAUUGUUCCAAUUCGAAGCUCAAAACAAUGUAACAGAAUCAACGUUACAUACUCAUUUCUUCUCUCUUAGCAUUAGUUCAUCUUCGCAUGCACGAUGGAUCCACAACUCACACCCCAAACCCUAAACUCCACCAGUUUAUUCCUUGCCGCCACAACAGCCACCACUCAUUCCGAACAACCACCACAUUCACUCUCCCUCACCACCGUUCCUUCCACCGUACCACGCUCCAAGCUCAUCCCGAACACUCGCUUCCUCGUCGACGCCUUCCGCCACGCCGACACAGCAUUCUCCGUCUCCUACUUCCUCUCUCACUUCCACUCCGAUCACUACACCGGUCUCUCCCAUUCUUGGUCCCGCGGCAUUGUCUUCUGCUCCGCCACCACCGCCUCCCUCCUCCAACGAAUCCUCGGAGUCCCCAAACGCUUCCUUGUACCCCUUCCCCUUUGCCAGCCCGUUGAAAUCGACGGCGCGGAGGUCACGCUGGUCGACGCGAACCACUGCCCUGGCGCGGUCCAGUUCCUAUUCAAGGUCCCAACAAAAGAAGAAGGGAAGAAAUUCGAGAGGUAUGUUCACACUGGCGAUUUCAGGUUUUGUAAUUCAAUGAUUUUGGAGCCUGCAAUUCUUGAUUUCGUUGGCUGUGAUGCUGUGUUCUUGGAUACUACUUAUUGCAACCCAAAGUUUGUGUUUCCUUCGCAAGAGGAGAGUGUUGAUUAUGUGGUUAGUGUAGUCGAGAGGGUUAUUAGUGAUUGUGGUGGUGAUGGUAGUGGUGUUUUGUUUCUUGUUGCUACUUAUGUUAUUGGGAAGGAAAAGAUUUUGGUUGAACUUGCACGGAGAGUGAAGAGGAAGGUGCAUGUGGAUGCUAGGAAAAUGGAGGUUUUGAGGGUGCUUGGGUAUGGAGAGAGUGGUGUGUUUACCGAGGACAGUUCAGAGAGUAAUAUUCAUGUUGUUGGCUGGAAUGUAUUGGGGGAGACAUGGCCGUAUUUUAAGCCAAAUUUCGUUAGGAUGAAGGAGAUUAUGAUUGAGAGAGGGUACUCCAAGGUUGUGGGAUUUGUGCCAACCGGAUGGACUUAUGAAGUAAAGGGCAAUACGUUCGCAGUGAGGUCCAAGGAUUCAUUUGAGAUUCAUCUCGUGCCGUAUAGCGAGCAUUCCAACUACGAGGAGCUCAGGGAGUAUGUGAAGUUUUUGAAGCCAAGGGGUGUUGUUCCGACAGUGGGUUUGGAUGUUGAGAAAAGCGACAGUAAGCAUGCUGAAAAAAUGAGGAAGUAUUUUGCUGGAUUGGUUGAUGAGACGGCCAACAAGCAUGAAUUUCUAAAGGGAUUUCACCGUGCCACAGGCGACACAGAUUUCUUGGUUGAGAAGGAUGUUAAUGAUGGUCAGAAGCCAGGAAAAAACAUGGAGGAAGGAAUCAAGCCAUCUGAGUUGGAUGGUGAGGAAAGUACAACUCCGUAUGUUGCUGCUAGUGUGCCCUCUUCUACUGGGGAACCGUGUACAGAAAGUGUUACUUUACUAACUGAUGAAGAAAAAGAGAAAAUGAUUGAAGAACUUGGUAAUUGUUUGCCGGCAUGGGUCACUCGAAGCCAAAUGUUAGAGCUGAUCAGCAUCUCAGGGAGCAAUGUUGUUGAAGCUGCUUCUAAUUUUUAUGAACGUGAAACUGAAUUUCACAAGCAAGCAUUUUCUUGUCAAACUUCUUCGGUGUCCAAGUGCAGCUCACUAAAUGACAUAGAUUCUCCUUCAAAAGCUUGCCUGAAUUCGAGCAGCACUACCAAAAAUAACGAUGUUUUUCCAAGCCAGGACUCUACUAAACUAACUAUCUUGAAGCAUACAGUUUUAAGUCAAGCUUCCUCUGCCAAAAGGAAUAAAAUUAGUGGAAGUAAGCCAAACAAGAAAGUAAAAGUCAAAGCAAAGUCACAGUCACAAUCAAGUGAUCCAAAGCAGUCCACCAUAACAAAAUUCUUCAGCAAAGUAUUGCCUGUGAAGCCUAGUGUUGCUCAGUCUGAUCGUUCUGAAUUGAUGAUUGGCGUAAGCCCUAAAACCACUUGAGAAAUACAAUCCUAAAGAGCAUGCUUGUUGGAAAGAUGGGCAGCCUGCACCAUAUUUACAUCUUGCACGAACCUUCAGCCUUCUGGAGGAUGAGAAAGGAAAGAUUAAGGCUACUUCAAUGUUAUGCAAUACAUUCCGAAGUUUGCUGGCCCUGUCUCCAGCAGAUGUGCUGCCUGCUGUGUACCUAUGUACAAACAAAAUUGCAGCAGACCAUGAAAAGAUGGAACUAAACAUUGGUGGAAGUAUAGUUACUGCAGCACUUGAAGAGGCAUGCGGAACAAAUCGAUCCAAAAUAAGGGAGAUGUAUAACAAAUUUGGCGAUCUUGGUUGGAUGAUUUCUGUGAGGAUUUUGAAUAAUGAUGAAUAUCCUGGGAUUAUUAAAGGUGAUGUUGCUCAAGAGUGUCGUCAAACACAGAGAUUGCUUGCACCACCAACACCACUUCUGAUUAAGGAUGUUUUCUCUGCACUGCAAAAGAUAAGUUUACAAACAGGCCAUGGAAGCACAUCUCGGAAGAAAGACAUUAUCAUUCGUCUCAUGUGUUCCUGUCGUGAGAAGGAGAUUAAAUUUCUUGUUCGGACCUUGGUCAGGAACUUAAGGAUUGGGGCAAUGCUUAGAACUGUUUUACCUCCAUAAGCUCAAGCUGUUGUUAUGAAUUUCUUUGGGGUUUGUAUUACUGAAAUUUUCUCUUAAUCGCUACAGGUCCUUUCUGUGGAAAUUGUUGAAGCAUAUAACAUAAUUCCGAAUUUGGAUCUCAUAGUUCCAUCUCUCAUGAACAAAGGAAUUGAUUUUUCGGUUUCAAGUUUGUCAAUGGUUCCUGGAAUUCCUAUUAAGCCUAUGCUUGCAACGAUCACCAAUGGCAUUCCCAAGGCAUUGAACCUAUUUCAAAAUAAGGCAUUUACUUGUGAAUAUAAGUAUGAUGGUCAGCGAGCUCAAAUUCACAGAUUAAUUGAUGGAUCAAUUCGUGUUUUUUCAAGAAAUGGAGAUGAAUCAACAUCAAGAUUUCCUGAUCUUAUUGACAUAAUUAAGGAAUCCUGCAAGCCUGUUGCUUCGACUUUCAUAAUUGAUGCUGAAGUUGUUGGUAUUGAUAGAAAAAAUGGAUUUAGGAUUAUGUCUUUCCAGGAGCUAUCUUCACGUGGUAAAGGAAGCAAAGAUACUCUAGUUACUACAGAGAGCAUAAAGGUGGAUAUUUGCAUAUUUGUCUUUGAUAUCAUGUUUGCAAAUGGAGAGCAGCUAUUGGGUUUUCCUCUUCGCACAAGACGGAAAUAUCUAAAGGAUUUGUUAUGUGAUGAAAAACCAGGGUAUUUUGAAUAUGCAAAGGAAAUAACAAUUGAAGCAGACAAGGCUUGCGAAACUUGUAAAGACACAUUAACCAAGAUAAACGCUUUCUUGGAAGAUGCUCUUCGUUCUUCCUGUGAAGGAAUUAUGGUGAAAACAUUGGAUGUAGAUGCUGGUUAUUCUCCGUCAAAGCGUUCUGAUAAAUGGUUAAAGGUCAAACGAGAUUAUGUCGAUGGUUUAAAUGAUACUCUUGAUUUGGUGCCAAUUGGAGCUUGGCAUGGAAAUGGAAGGAAGGCCGGAUGGUAUAGUCCAUUUCUCAUGGCAUGUUAUAAUCCUGAAACUGAGGAAUAUCAAAGCGUGUGCCGAGUGAUGUCUGGGUUCUCAGAUUCGUUUUACAUAGAGAUGAAAGAAUUCUUCUCUGGGGACAAAGUCUUAUCCAAAAAGCCGCUGUAUUAUCGAACAGCAGAGAAGCCCGACAUGUGGUUUUGUCCGCAACUUGUUUGGGAGAUACGAGGUGCAGAGUUCACGGUGUCCCCUGUUCAUCAUGCAGCCAUCGGUUUAAUUCAUCUGUCUCGGGGCAUCUCAAUACGGUUUCCGAGAUUUAUUAGGCGUGUGUCGGAUAGGAACCCAGAAGAGUGUAGUACAGCAGCAGAUAUUGUUAAUUUGUUUCAUUCUCAGCCAAGGAAGAAGGAUGUCACAGCUGAAGAUUGAAUGUUGGUUUUGUUUUCUGUGUAUAGAUGAUGGUUCUUGAUGUAUAGAUGAUUUCUAGGUUCAGCUUUAUAAAAUGUGUCAACGUUUAGUUUGUAGAAAGAUUCUUAACCAGUAAUCUCUUUGCUUUUUGGUAUUUUACAUAAUACUACUAUAGUUCAUAGGGGUAUAACAAAUCUCAAAUCUCAAUUUCCAUUUUCAUUUUUCAAA